AUGGCCCCCAACAGAACGGACCGCACUUACACGCUGCAGGAGGGCUGCCGGUAUGGCUCAGCAUCGACGGCUCAGCGCUUUGGCGACCAGCGCCCCAUUCGCGGGCUCAUGCUGCUCCAGGACACCCAGUUGAUCGAGACCCUCGCGCACUUCAACCGCGAGCGUAUCCCCGAGCGCACUGUGCACGCCGGCGCCGUCGGCGCGUGGGGCGAGCUCGAGGUCACGCACGACAACUCGGACCUCACAAGCGCCGCCUUCCUCAAUGGCAAGGGCAAGACGUCCAAGGUCCUGUGGCGGCUCAGCAUCACUGGCCCGAGGCCGGGACACUACGAGACGACGCGCGACGUCCGCGGCUGGGCGAUGAAGAUCUUCACUGAAGAGGGCAACCAGGACUUUGUGUUCAACAGUAUUCCCACGUUCUUCAUCCGCGACCCCAUCAAGUUCCCGUCGAUGAACCGCUCGCAUAAGGUCCAUCCGUCCAAGAACGCGGUGGAUCCGAACAUGUUCUGGGACUUCCACGUCAACAACCAGGAGGGCAUACACGCCCUCAUGAUGCUCUUCUCGAACCGCGGCAUUCCGGCCAACGUGCGCCAGCUCAACGGGUACUCGGGCCACACGUACAAGUUGACCCGCGCCGAUAGCUAUGUGUACGUCAAGAUCCACUUCCUCACCGACCUCGGAGCCAAGGGGCUUCGCCUCACCGAGGCAAAGAGGUUGGGCGGUGAGCGCCCGUCGCUGCACACCGUCGACAUGCACGAGCACAUUGCGCAGGGCAAGUUCCCCACAUGGACCAUGUAUGCCCAGGUCAUGACAGCCGAGCAGGCGGCCACUUAUCGCUGGAACAUCUUCGACAUGACCAAAGUGUGGCCGCACAAGGACUUCCCGCUGCGUCCAAUGGCCAGGCUGACCCUAAACAAGAAUCCGGAAAACUACUUCUCGGACAUUGAGCAGGCGGCCUUCUCGCCAUCGACCAUGGUGCCCGGCAUCGCGCCUUCGCUCGACCCGAUGCUCCAAGCGCGCAUGUUCGCGUACCCCGACGCGGCCCGCUACCGCGUCGGCGUAAACUACCAGCAGCUGCCGUGCAAUCGGCCCGUGUCGCACGUGUAUGCGCCGUACGAGCGCGACGGCGCGAUGCGCUACAUGACCAACUACGGUAGCGACCCGUCGUACGUCAACAGCGCGCUCGUGCCUGUGCAGUUUGAGAGCGAGAUCGGCGCGAGCGGCUACUCGAUUGGCCAUGACGAGGUCAUGGUCGGCCGCGUGGCUGGCUACGCCUCCGAGGUCACCGACGACGACUUUGUGCAGGCGCGUGCCAUGUGGGAUGUGCUUGGGUGCCAUAGUGGCGAGCAGGAAGAUUUUGUCGACAAUGUCGUUGACAGUCUCCUGGGAGUUGUUGCCUCCCUCCAGAAGGGCGCGAUUGAAAUGUUCGCGAGGGUAGACCCGGCGCUCGCCAAGGCGAUUGCGUCGGCGUUGGGUUACAAGUAG